AUGGGUUUCAUAAAGUCUACAAUAAAAUCGGUAGUGUUAAUAUUACUGGUGAUACGAACAGUUGGUGUGUAUAGUAAAGAUUUGAAUGAGACCGAACGAGCUCUGAGGGCAGCUUUUGUGCAAAAACUGUUGAACAAACAAAGAUAUUUGGAUGGAAGGAUCAAGUUAGUUGGUGGACCAAACAGAUUUGAAGGAAAUGUCUAUAUUUACCACGCCGGUCGAUGGGGAGCUGUGUGCGAUGACUCCUGGGAUGAUGCAGCGGCUCAUAUAGUGUGCCAAACAUUCAACAAAACUGGUGUUGCUACUCACGGUAGCCAGUAUGGAGAAGCUGCGGCUAAAUUCUGGAUGGAUGAUGUAGUAUGCCAAGGUGAUGAAACAUCACUUUCACAUUGUAUCUUCACUGGCUGGGGUUCCUCCGACUGCGAAUCAGAUGAAGCAGCAGGUGUAAGAUGCAUGAAUAAAACUGAAGUCCCUAACAAUUACGUUAAGAAGAAACGAGAAAGUAAGAAGUUACAGGAAGUCUUGGAUCUUAGCAGUACAAGCUUGAGAUUGGCUGGUGGAAAUAAUAAUAAUGAAGGUAGAGUAGAGAUUUACCACUAUGGUACCUGGGGCAGUAUAUGUCCAGACGGCUGGACCCUCUACGAAGCCAGCGCGGUCUGUCGGCACUUGGCAUUAGGAUAUGCCGAACAGGCAGCACAAACUAACUACUUUGGUAACUCAAAGAUCGUCCUCAGUGGUGUUAAUUGCGAAGGCAACGAAACCAAUCUGUUCCAGUGUAAUCAUGAAGAGUAUGGGGAAGUGACUUGUCCUGGAGAAGUUGGUCACGUUGCAGCUGUAGUUUGCACUCACUAUUUAGCAGACCUGGUACUAGAUACCACUGCCAUAGAACGAUCAGCUCAUCUCCAUGACGUGAUGAUGUUCCAGUUGCAGUGCGCUAUGGAAGAGUUCUGCUUGACCAAAUCUGCUUACGAGAUACAAAAAACUAAUCCAGAUUGGCAAUUCGAGACCCGUCGUUUACUCCGCUUUACCGCGUCUUCUCUGAAUGCUGGCAAUGCAGAAUUCAGGCCUUACCUGCCAAAGCACUUGUGGCAAUGGCACCUUUGUCAUAUGCACUAUCACAGCAUGGAAGUGUUUGCAACUUUCGAUAUAAUGGACGCUUCGGGCAAAAGAGUUGCAGAAGGUCAUAAAGCCUCCUUCUGUUUAGAAGAUAACAGUUGUUUACCAGGCGUUGAGAAGAAGUACUCUUGUAAGAAUUAUGGGGAUCAAGGUAUAUCAGUAAAUUGUUCAGACAUUUAUUAUUAUAACAUCGACUGCCAAUGGGUGGAUGUUACUGACUUACAACCCGGAGAUUAUAAGUUUAAGGUAGCAGUAAAUCCUCACGCCAGAGUACCUGAACAGCAGUACCACAAUAACGCUGCAUCAUGCCAGUUGAGACUAGCCGAAACCUAUGCCGUAAUAUAUGGUUGUCAGUUAGAAAGACCUUGA